AUGUGGACUACCUUGCGGAAACUCUGUAGCUCACGCAUCGGUUCUUGUCCCAACGUUGAGGUACUUAACCGUCAGUUUGCUUCUGUACCUGCAUCUAGCUCCCUCCCACCUCCGUUUCCUACCCAUGAUGCAAUUAACCCUGUUUCUCCGGAAGAGGUCCUCCAAGUUUGGAGGAGAAUCAAGGCCAAUAAAGCUCAUGGUCCGGAUGGAUUAGCACCUCAUUUAUUGAAAGCCUGUGCCGACCAGCUUGCGACACCCAUUGCCGAAUUUUUCAGUACUUUUUGUCAUCUGGAACGAUCCCCGAUUGUUGGAGGUCAGUCCGAUCAGACCAAUCCCAAAGAAAGAAUCGUCAAAGUGCCGUCCUAUUGCCUGCACAUCUAUGUUGCUGAAGGCUUUUGA